AUGGCUCUAUCGAGAAACCGCGGGCAAGCCGUGCAGAGCGGCCGGCCGAGAAACGAAUGUUUCGCGAUCGGCCAAAAUAGUAUCCAUCCGUCAGAAGUCUCGGCCAAAGUUCAAUCCAUCCGGCCGAGUACGCAUCACGACCCGGGAAGCAAUGUCCCGCGGUCGGCCAAGCCACGAGCACUCAAUGCCAUGCCGCGCACAACCAUGCCGCGCGAGCCGGGAAGCAACGCCUUGCGGCCGCGCGACCUAUCUCACGUAUCACGGCCGAUGGCGCCGUCCGAGCCGGGAAGCCAUGUCCCGCGUCCGGCCGAGAAAGCAUCGGCCAAACCAUUACCCGUCCGACCUCAGCGGCCGAUCGAGAAACCAUCCGGCCACAACCGUUCCAACACGACCACGACUCGAUCAUCCGGCCGACCGUUGAUGAUAGGAUUUUACGUGGAUGUGAAGUGA